CACACUCUGACGCUCUCCCUGUCUCUCUUACGAUCGCAACCUUUCUCUCUCCUCUCUCUCCCGUUCUAUAUCUAUCUAGCUGUUGCCCCUUUGGCUCUAUCCGCGCACACGCCUCGCCUCUGUCCGCUUCACCUUCUUCUCGACCGCUGUCUCAGUCUACCGCGAGUCUCCUACGCCUGCCUGUAGACACCGUAACGUGGCCGCGUGUGAUAGUGCUUCAGCGAACGUAGCCCAGUUCGUUCGUAACCGUCGUUCAGUCACCGUGCCACACCGGCUUGACUUUACCUGAUAGCGGCCGGUGGCGUGCGACCUCGGAUGCUCGUACGCGAUUACCAGUGAUCGACCACCGAGACCUCGACGACAGGUGAUCGUCGACCGUUUUCCGCGACGCGAACACCCGAGAUACCAUGAGGCGAUGCCAACGUGGACCCGGGGUGUCGUCCUAGUUCACCCGAGACGCGAGGAUGCGAUCGUCGACGCGAGCCUGGUAGUUCUUGGACGGGUAAACAAGAAUGCGCUCGCUCGGGGAUAAGCGAGGCGAACGCGCGACGAACGAAACGAGGAAACCGAAGCUCGUGAUUUGAUGUAAGAGCACCAGGAAAAAAGGUGGGAGCAGCACGCUUGGCCAAGUUGCCUGGAUACCGGGCAGUACCGUGUUGCGCUCCGGUGAAGUAGGAGGUAGCGAAGAAGGUGGUGCUUGAUAACACGAAAUGGAGGAUACAGUGGACAGUAGUGGAACGAAGAAGACGAUGCACGCGGCCGUUCAGGCUGCGAACGCAGGCCCGCGGUGCGUCCAAGAAUCGCGAUAGCACGACAGCCCUCAUCCCUCAGACGCGAUUAACCGCGGUGCGAUCGUGCUGAUACAACCCCGUGGCAACGGCCAGGUACGAUUCAUUCAUGGAAUUGACGAACACUUUGCCUCUAAAGUUACGGGUCGACGAACUUCCCUCGCGAUCCUCCUUCGUUCGCGUACAGCGGGAUUCGUGUCCCGGCGAGAACACCUCGUCGGAUCGAAGGUGAAGGAACCCAAGCUCUGGGGAACGCACUUGGUGGCUACGUAAAACGAGAAAGUGCAUCCGUGACAGUGAAACGUCGCUGCUUCGUGGAUAAAUACCGACGAGGAAACGGCUGGACUCCGUCGAGUACACGUUAUAGAUCGAACACCUGUGAACCGAGCGCGUACGUUCGGACUCGCGAGAAACGACCUCCACCUAAGCUUGCCUGGAUACAACGAGAAUUUUGCUAAAACGACCGUCAGCUCGCUCGAUGCGCGCCAGAUCGCGAGACUAGAACGACGGCGUGUAAUUGAUAAAUGGCACCGAGCGACAGGUACCGACCGCAAUCGUAGGGGUUUAACGCGAGCAUGCCCGAGGCGUGGGAAAGCCCGACGCGGACCUAGAGCCCCGCUAUCGAUACGAGGCAAGUAUUCUCGGAAGUCGAGGCGACAUACACUUAGACUUGUCGUGCAUGGAAAGUGACGGGGAAACGUUCGGUAGCGACGGAGCGGGUCCGUUAAUAAAUGCGUGGUGUGACUAGCGAACUAUUCGCCCCGAGAAUGUACUUCAGCCGGCACUUGGCACCAUGAUUAUAAUCAGUGAAAGAGCGCGCGACGUUGAGUUUCCCGGUGACGUUCGCGACGGUGAUCGCAGCUAAAAGUGGCACGGAAUUGUGCAGUGCAACGGGGAGAGAAACGGACAAGAAUCAUCCGGGAAUAGGAGAAACGACGGAGACCGAAUUUCGGGUUGGCCGACCCUUGGCGAAUACGAGAUGUCGACCUGCACCGGCCUGCAAAAUUCAUUCGCCAUGGCGAACCAGACGAGGGGUCUACCGCAGAUGCGAAUAAAGCUUUGUAUGGUCAGCGCCGGUCUCCAAAUAGUCCUUUUGCUCACCGUCCUACCUCAAGAAAGCCUGUGCGGGCAACACGAAAAACGCUUAUUGAAUGACCUGCUGGAGACGUACAACACCUUGGAGCGACCGGUAGCCAAUGAGAGCGAGCCUCUCGAGGUGAAAUUCGGCAUCACGUUGCAGCAAAUCAUAGACGUGGAUGAGAAGAAUCAAAUAGUAACUACGAACGCGUGGCUCAAACUGGAGUGGAAGGACUACAAUCUUCAGUGGAACGAGUCCGAGUACGGGGGCGUGAAGGACCUUCGAAUUACACCUAACAAGCUUUGGAAGCCAGACAUUCUCAUGUACAACAGUGCGGUUGAGGGUUUCGACGGGACAUUCCACACGAACGUGGUGGUCGGGCAUAACGGCAGUUGCCUAUACGUCCCUCCGGGCAUCUUCAAGAGCACAUGCAAGAUAGACAUCACUUGGUUCCCCUUUGACGACCAACACUGUGACAUGAAGUUCGGAUCCUGGACCUACGACGGCAGCCAGCUGGAUCUGGUACUCAACUCAGAGGAGGGCGGCGACUUGUCGGAUUUCAUCAUGAACGGGGAAUGGCACCUGCUAGGGAUGCCUGGCAAGAAGAACACACUGACCUACCAGUGCUGCCCGGAGCCGUACUUCGACGUCACAUUCACCAUACAGAUCCGGAGGAGAACGCUGUAUUAUUUUUUCAACCUGAUCGUGCCGUGCGUGUUGAUAUCCAGCAUGGCGCUUCUGGGCUUCACAUUGCCGCCAGACUCCGGGGAGAAGCUCACCUUAGGGGUGACCAUUCUGCUGUCGCUGACAGUUUUCCUGAACCUCGUGGCAGAAAGCAUGCCGACGACCUCGGACGCUGUCCCUCUAAUAGGAGUGACCAUCUUGUUAUCGCUGACGGUGUUCCUGAACCUCGUCGCCGAGACCCUGCCCCAGGUCUCCGACGCUAUACCCCUGUUAGGGACGUACUUCAAUUGCAUCAUGUUCAUGGUGGCGAUGAGCGUCCUUAUGACGGUGAUGGUGCUCAACUAUCAUCACAGAACGCCCGACAGAUACGUGAUGCCGGAUUGGAUAAAAUCGGUGCUUCUGAAAUGGCUACCGUGGAUGAUACGCAUGAGUCGUCCGGGAAAGGACCUCUCGGCGAAGAAUCUUUUUUUAUCCAACCGGAUGAAGGACCCGGUGCUGAGAGAAGGAGGUAGUAAGAGUCUGAUGGCAAACGUUUUAGGACUCGACGAUGACUUUUGUCACAGAAAUAGCGCAGCAAAUCCAUCUUCCGGAUACACCAGUAACACGGCGUUCGGCACACCGAUAUCCACCGGAAGACCAGCGACGGUCGAGGACACAUCGGUGUCGUUACCCCUCAAUGGUAUGCAGCAAGAGCUGCGCACGAUUCUUAAAGAAUUGCGAUUCAUUACGGAUCUUAUGAAAAAAGCGGAAGAAGAGGACGAGACCGUCAACGAUUGGAAAUUCGCCGCCAUGGUGGUGGACAGGUUUUGUUUGUACACCUUCACGUUGUUCACGCUCGUGGUUACGAUAUUCAUUUUGAGUCGUGCGCCACACAUAAUCGUCCAGUAAAUAGACUGCCCCGGUCAAGUUACCGAAACAAUGCACAAAAAAUGCCAAAGAAACGACGAACACGUGGGCUUCGAGGAAGCUGCUGCGGUGCGAAGUAACGAACCACGAACGAGAGAACGGUCUUCGUUACUCGACAUUUCCUUUCCUCUCGCUCUGGACCCGCCGUUUCUCCUUCCGCGGGAAGGGAACCCCCGUAACGGAGAAAUUGGACGCCAGAGAGCAGAGCGUAGCAGCGCGGGCCCGCGCAUUGUGCUUCCAAGCGGACGAAGACCCAGUUGACACCGAAGAGAAGGCCCAGCGGAGGCACGAGGAAGCAUCGCGAGGAUUCGAUUCGUCUCGAGUUAUCGCGCCGUACCGUUCGAAACGUUCCUCGCGCGGAUUCGAGACGGUGUACUAAAUGCGGACGAGCUGAUCGCGUACAGGAGGACCAGAGAAGGGCGCCUCGGCAUAUCGUUGACAAUAGACGGCCACGUUGUGCGUUCGUUCACUUUCUUCGGCUGAAACUUCUAUUCGACCGAACGAUCGAUCGCUCCUCCUUCCACCCUCUCCCCAACUCACUUUCGCCCGUUCCUCCUCGGAUUUAGGUAGAUAAAAUCGAUCGUUCGUCGGGCAACGAUCGAGAGUCGAUCGUAACGAGUGCCCUCGGAGCAUGUGAAUUUCGAGACGCGGCGCCGGCGUUCUAACAAAUUCCUCGAGAAAACGUUGUCGCGGCCUUUUCAAUAAUAAUAGUAACAACACGAACAACAGAAUGAAGAAGGACAACAACAAUAAUAGUAAUAAUAAUAACAAUAACAAUAAUGAUAAUAGUAACGAUAAUAAUCGGUAAUAAUUAAUGGUAAUAUAUUGAUAACGAUAAUAUUACCGAGUAAGUUACGAUUACGAUUUUUUGGGGGAUAAACGAUCUAAACGAUAAUACUACCUUUAAAGGCACACAUGAUAUGUAUAGAUUACGUCGUAACGCGUUAACGAUAAAUCGAAUAAAUAAUAUAUUAACGAUACUCGCUGUGCGCGUGGACGUUAACGAUCGAAUUCGUCAGUGUUACAAGGGUCUCCACCCCCCCCCCCCCGCCCGUGGUACCGACAACGGUCUUUAAAAUAACUGCCAAAUACAACAGUGGAGCCAGGGGUGUCCAACCCUUUCACAGGUAGAGACGUGAGAGAAUAAAAAAGGCACGUAUGAUUAAUGGGAACAAAUAUGGUGACUCUCGGAAAAUUCGAACGAAAAGCCAAUGAAGCCACGAAUCAUCGUCUGAAAACCCCGCCUAGAAACGUUUUUCACAAUUGGGAGAAUUUUAUAUUUACACAGGGCGCGUGGAAUCGAGUCUCGCGCCCAGGAACGAACUCCUACGAUAUAUUCUUUUUGAAACUAAAACGUUCUCUUAAGGGAAGCUUCCUCCUUAGAAAUUAAGUUCUGGUACGAAUGGAAAGAAAGCGGACCUAUUUGAAAUCAGCUAAGCGUGGAUAACGAUGACUCGACUACUCCGGUUGGAGAAGUCGCUAUACUUGUUCUGUUUGUUGUACUUGAUUGCUGGGAUGCGCGUGGCGGAUGUUGGGGAGAAUAAGGGACGAUAUAGUAGACAAAACUGCCAACGUUGGACGACCCCUGCUUUCCGUACAGACACGAAUCUGAGUUCUCGAAACAUCUUCGGAGCACACGGUGAUAGGUAGCAAAAAACAAUAACAAUAUUAAAGACGGGGCGAGAUUCAUCGCUCCACGGGUACAACCCUCAAAAUAUGCUAUUCCGCGCGGAAGUUUUCAAUGGCUGUACUCUGAUCGAGCAGAAAUUGUUCAAUCGAGGAAACGUCUCGUUGUACAGCUGUGUCGAUUAGCCUUUUCACAACCACGGUUUGCAGAUGCUAUUGUUCAAUUUAUGGCUAAAGAUGUAACACAGUUGUUUUGUAUUUAUAUUGGAAGUUACAUGGGGAAUAUUAUUGUUUGCGUUGUAUUUAAUUAAGUAGCUUCUUUAUAUUAAAUAAAAUAUGUUGAUCCUAAUUAGGAUCGAUUAUACGAUUGAUCGUCGUUGAUUAUACGAUUCGACCUAGAUAAACAAUGAAUACAUAUAUACUGUUGUUUACAAUUUUGGAAUAAUCGUCUUUAUUUAAACGAACUUAUUUUUAUAAUAUUGUCCAUUCAUUUUACUGGAGCGAUACUUGAGUGUAAUAUGGGAUGGAAAUUGUAAUUGUACUUAAAUUUAGACAUUUUCCUAAUAGUGUGCAAGUAAUCGUCUAUGUUAUCCAUGCAAGCGAAACUAUAACAUUGUAAUAACUGUGAAUUUACAGAAACUGAUAGAAGAAACUGUAGGACAUGUCAGAAGACACGUUCUACCAUAAUGGAUAUGAAUUGUAAUCAGUGCUUCAUGAUUCUGAAGAAUAUUUGUGACGUUCAAUUUUUAUCAUAAUAUCGUACCAGUAGUAAUAUGAUGUAAAAUAGUACAAUAUUCAAUGAAGUACGUAUCGGCGUGUGUACAUUUUUUACUUUUAUAAAGAUUAGAGUGCUCCAAAAGUAAUGUCUAUGAACGACAGUAUAUGUGUAUACAUUUAUCGAUUUAGUCACUUUAAAUUCAGCAAUCGAGAAAUUCGUUUGCAUAAACUUUCAUUAAUUACAAAAAUAAUUACAUAGACUUUAAAAAGGUCCUAAAUUCGCAAAAGAGUGUCCAAAUGUCACAUUUACAUUUUGAAAAGACUUGAGAAGACUCGAGAAGAAUACCAAAAUAUAACACGCAGUAUUACGGUUCGUUUCCUCGUGAAAUUACUCGCAUGAGAUUUGGAUAAACGUAACGGGCGAUAAACGGAAGAAUUGUUUGGAACACACGGUUCCUCGUAUCGUACAACAAAUGUAAAUUUAACAAUACACCGGGACACACGCGUGGGAAAUGAUUAUCGUAAACUUAUACGAUUACGUUCACAGCUGCUGGCGUAACAGAGGUGGGCAGGAUUCUUAUUCGGAUGAAAUUGUCGAAUAACGAGGGAAAGAUCGACAACAUUUUAUCAAACAUUUUUGCAAACGUAUAAAAAUAAAUACUGACGGAGUCUCGAAAACGAGCAUUUACUUACGUAUCGACGCUGUGGAUUCGAGUUCAUCUUCAGAAUCUGUAAGAAAAUAUAAUUACAUUUAAUUUGAGAACGAUUUUUACAUCAAGAUCGAGUGCUAUUAUUAUUAAGUAAUACCUUGAUAGGAAGACGAUGUAAAGUUUAGGAUCACAACAUGAAAAUUGAGAAUUUGUAGAAUAGAAACUUUUUUAGUGUUAAUUUGUAAAAAGAAGGUCUCGAUUUACGUGUUAUAAUCCUAGAAUUUGCAUCGCCUGUCCACGCCAAUUUUAGUUAAACCGUGUAUAAAAGUCUGUUUGAGAUUGUUGCGUGUAAUUAUGUUAUUCACAAAUUCGAAGGUGUCGAACUAACAGGACAUUGUGUUGGAAUAAAAAUAAAUUCGAAUAAAAUUCUAUUCCAAUGGAAAUUCGUUCAAAUAAAUAUUCGUUCGAAUAACGUCCAUCUCUGGCGCAAAGUAACGCUAUUUCACAGUAGUACAGUCAUUGAUCUCCGCAAUCGCACAAAAAAAAAAUAUUAAAUCCUGACUAACUACGAGAAAAACCAAAUCUAUUUUCACCAGUGACGAGGCUGUACGGAAUGAGAGAGUACUAUAAUUGUUCAAACGACGCUGAAAACAUAAUAAAUGAAUAACUUGGUGGUGUUCUGAUUAAAUACUCAAAUAAACAUUGUACAUAACAACUGUUUGCAUGUCGUGGGACUCAAUACAACGUAGCAACGUAAUAAGUAUCACGAGCAGUGUCAGUAAAUAAUUAUAAGAGUAAAGCAUAAGUAAGAAUAUUGAAACUAUUCAAUCUGGAUAUAAUAAUUUCCGUUAAAAUAAUCGUGGAAUAUUCCAAACGUAAUUGUCCGAAUUGAAUCUUUCUCGCGAACAACGGUGAAAACGAUUUUUGGCAAUCUCCUUCAACGUAACAAAUAAAUAAAACAAAAAAAAUCGUCGACUCCUGUUCGAUUAUCAUAAACGCCAAAAAAAAAAGAAAAAGAAAAAAUGAAAACGACGAAGAGAGUGUGUAUCGCCAUACACGAGAAGCACGCGUUCAUAAAAGAAAACGCAAAUAAGGAUUAUCCAAAAUUUCGUCACGAAACACGUUUUUCGUAACCAUAAUCGCCGACAAUCAUUUUGAGCGAUGCGAGAAUCGCGAAUCCUUGCGUGCGCGCCCUCGUGAUUGGUAUGGCGAUAUUUAGGACAGUUCCGAGAACAACGAAAAUACGCAUUGAACUCUUAACAAAUAAAAUACCAAAGCUAGAUCGAAUAGGGGGGACGAUCGACAAUUUUAUAAUCGAUGGGAAUUCGAUGAGCAUUCGAGUCGAAACAUUGAUCUACGACCUAGAGUAAUUUUUUUAAUUCGCAGUAUGAUUUGCACGAGGAGUAUACGCUCGAGAUCGUGAUGGUACUCUGUUCGAAAAUUCGCUAGAUCUUUAGGAAUUCGAGUCGACGUUCAAUUUUAACCCUUUGCGCUCCAUUUUUAAACGUGUAGGUACUCGUGUCUGUUAACUUAUAAUUUAUUACCAAAGACGUCGAUGUCUAUUACUCUUUCCCAUUCGACAGAUUAAUUAAAAGGUGCUAACUGCCGAGGGUUGGCAUGAUUACCCACAGUAAAAUGAAUUCGUAAAUCAACCUAAUACAAUUUAAGUUUUAAAUUUGCUUUACAAUUUACAAAUAGUAAUUUUAAUUCCGAAUAGACAUUGCAAAACAAACAGCGCUCGAUUUAUAAAAAUCUGCGCCACAAAAUUGUUUCGAAACAACCAAUAGCUCCGAUUGAUGGAAAUUCUGUUAACGCGAAUGGUUAAAUUUAAAAUCGACUCCGAUCGAAGCGUCGGGUGAGAUGAAACGUGCCGUGUCGCGGUCGCGGAAAGACAAGACCAAAUAAGUAUUAACAACGGUAACGAGGUGAAAGGAUAAUACCGCUACGAUUAAACAAAAAUACAAAAAAUAUAGAAUAAUGUAUUCCACAACGGUGUAAAAAAAAAAAGAAAGGGAGAGAAAAAACAAAGUUUUAUAUCGAAGAGACGAAAUGGCAAAGGGGUGCAUUUUUAAUACGAAUGCUCAUUAGGCGAAACGUAGCGAAUAUCAGCUAAGAAAUUUCACACAAUAUUUGCAUCGUUCGAGGGUAUCGAAUUUAUUAGGAUCAUCUUGGAAGGUAAUGGGGCGCAUCAACCAAAAAUAAAAUAUGACGGACGUCCGUGUAUAAUGUAACGAAUAACAUUUAGAAAAUCGGUGUGUGCGAUCAUCGUUUCGUCGGUGUGAAAAUGUUAUCGUUUAUUGCCGGAAACGUCAUCGUUAUUACUACUAUCAUUACGACUACUACUACUACUACUACUACUACUACUAAUACUAAUACUAAUACUAUUACUAUUACUAUUACUAUUACUAUUACUAUUACUAUUACUAUUACUAUUACUACUACUACUACUACUACUACUACUACUACUACUAUCUAUAAUACUAUUACUAUACUACUAGUGCUACGAAACGCUAUCAUUAUUGUUAUUAUUAUUGUUGUUAUUAUUUUAUUAUCAUUCUUCUUAUCAUCAUGGCUAUUAUUAUUAUCAUUAUUAUGAUUAUUAUGGUUAUUACUUAUCAUUAUCAUCAUUGCCAUCAUCGCUGUUGUUACUGCUGCUAUUGCCAUCGUUAAUACUAUCGAUACGACUAUCGUCAUCGUAAAACGCUGCUAUUAUUAUUGCCAAUAGACGAGAAGGUACACGAUUACGCGAAUACACGUUUUGGUAACGAGUUUCGUUUCGUUUCGCGUCGGUGACGGUGCUAGCGUUCGACUUCUUCGAUACUCGAGGCUAGGCCUGGGACUACUUUAUACGAUUCUUCUCUAUUCGGAAAGCCGUGGACGACGGUGAUUAUUCGACGAAUGUACUUCGAAUACACAUUCAAAUAUUGAAAUAUUAAAUUAGUCGGAUACCCAGCGAACGUUCAAUUAUUAUGAGAAAAUAAUAUUCGAAUAGUAUAAUCCAAACAAUAACAUUUAACUGCUAUUACGAAUAUUAAUAUUCAAAUACUAAGGCUCAAAUAUUCAACAUUUAUUCGCGGUAUUCGAAUACCCAUGAAAUUCGAACAGUAUAUUACAUGAAUAGUCCCGGCCCUAGUCGUGACACAAAUCGCUCUGAUUUUUGAGAAUUCGUCGACACACGGAAAUUGAACUGUACAGAUCAGCGUUCGGGAAAAAUUCUUGCCAGCCUCGAACAUUUAAUUUAAAAUUAGCAUUGAAUGCAAACACUUGGAACUUAUCGUGAAUGAUUACUGGAAACCGGGGAUUCCCGACGUUUCGAAAACUUUAAACGCUUAUCGAUUGCUUUCUAGUCGAUACCGACCCUACUCGAGGUUAGCCAAACGAUCGAUCUUUUAUUCUUCGACUGUAACGUACGUUGUCGCAGAAAAUGUCGAAGUUUCUACUGUCGUUACCUCGGCAUGAUCUAAAAAAAAAAAAAUAAAAAAAGAUUGAAAAUAAUUAAUGUUUGAAAGGGAAUAUUUGCAACAACGACUGGCAGAAACGAGCGAAUUUCUCGUGUCUUUUACCGAUAGAACGGCUAGAUUUUCUUGUCCCGUGCUUCAAAGAAGAAGAAGAAGGGAAACAGGGAACGCGAACGAAAUCCUGAUCCGUUCGAUACGAGCGUCAUCGAUACGAGGCUCGGUCUAUCGAGGCCGGACAGAUCGAAGCGUGUAUCGUGUAAAUAACUUCUGUGAUAAGAAUCGAUUAUUAAACAUUGCCGAACGCGAAACCCCCUGAGAUAAAUGUUCCGUCGCGAGCGGCGCCAUCGGACGACGAACGACCAUCGAUGCUCAAAAAAAUAGCCAAACAAGCAUCGUUCAAGCUCCAGUUAAAGGUUCGGACCUUUGAGUUUCGGUUCUCUUCGGUAUUAACUUAUAAUUUUGAGCCUAUGUAAAAACAUAUAAAAAUAGGAUACUUUUACAUAAAACUAAAGGUAUGUGGUUAACACUGAAGAGGACGGCGUGUCAGCGAUAGAAACGUUUUAAUAAAAUACGUUUAAACUAUGCUUGUCUGGGUAUUCGCUUGAAUUUAUUACAAUCUCAACAUUCACUGUCUCUCCAACUAACGCACAUACUUAGGUGUUUAAACGGACUUGCGAAUACAUUGAAACAUAUAUUACCUAGGUAGACUAUACAUAGACUGUCUAAUAAAGAAACAUACGUACCGUCAGGUGGUUAAUUUUUAUGAAACUUUUGCACAAAUGUUCAUUAGUUCGUUCUGAAAGAUACGAUAAAUGACAAAUUAACUCUCUUUGACUUUGAAGCAACAUCGACAAAAUACAACAUACUUGCUAGCCGGAACAAAUGGAAAAUUUCAUCAAAAAUUUCAUAAAAAUCAGCAUUUGGCAAUCGAGCGUCCUAGCAGAGAUGUCUGUUGGAUAACAGCUGUUACUUGUUAACGGUUGCACGCGUAUAAUUCGCGAAGCGAAUUAUCAAAAAGCGUUAUUUUUUUACAAUUUCUUUUAGCACGCAAGCAAUCAUCGCAAUCCCUGAAUCUCAGACCAUUGAAUCCUGCCUGGCUUCCCCGUUUUUAUUUCUCUUUUCGUUUUCCAUGCCAAUGCGUGUUGCGAAUCAUGAGUCGCGCGUGCAUCGAUAUCGCCACGAGCAAUUGACCAAUCCACCAUGCACGAUUUUUUCGCUGAACAAAUAAAACAAAUGUCACUGAACACUGCUCACUCUGAAACAGUGCGCAACAAUCGAACCGAAUAAAAUAAUGUAUCUAACAUUAUUAAAGACAGUUUUAUUCUAGACUAGUAUUUAGACGACUUCGAUGUAUUAAUCGAACGGAAUCGUUUCCAACCCAUUCGUAUUCAUUUUCAACUGUUCAUAGUAUAAUCAAACUACGACGAAACAUGUUCCGAGAACGUUUACGCGAAUGUUUAUGCAAAUUCAUAUUUUUCUAUACAGAGAUGAAGAACAAAAACGUAAAUUAAUCUAUGUUUUGUCUUGUAAAUGUUACAAGGUUUAUAUUAUUAUUCAUACUUUAUUAGGUUGUCCCAAAAGUUUCUUUCGCUUUAUUAACAAGUAAUACAUGCACAAUAUUUUAUGUUUUAUGUUACAUUACUGAAUAUUGUGCACUUUUCAUUUUGCUCCAUUACUGUUACAACAUGAAUAUCUAUGAAAUUAGAUUGUCUAUUUAUAUAAACACGACCACAUAAAAUAAUCGAGCGCAACUCGCGAAAGAAACUUUCGGGACAACCUGAUAUACGUUAAUGCACUUGUACGCAUUCUUUACUUGCCAAUAAAUGCAUAAACAUUCGCAAAUCUAGUUAUAACAUCGACCUCACUCUUCCAGCGGUCCCACCCACGCGUUAUUCGUCACCACCGCGUGUCUCUGUACUAGAGGAAACGAGAAACAGAUAAAAAGCCCCGAAUACGUUAAACUCUGUUAAUCAAUCCGCUCCAGUUGAUUCUCCAGGGGUAAACGAAUGAGCUCAAAAUCAAUUUCCAGCCGGAUGAGAAAGCAAGAGCCCGCCCGCCGGUGUCCUUUUAUUCGCCAAUGCUCUUCGUUUUUCGCGAACGCGUCGUCAUUCGACUAUUGCGAACAGCAAGCGACGCACAAAAAGUAUUUGACGCGGUUGGAGUGAUAACAUCGAAUCAUUUGGCCGAGGGAACGCGACGCAAAACGACAACCAAUCCGAUCUAGCGCGACCAUAAUUCGACUAUGACUAAUGAACGGACUUCAACGUCUGAAACACGCGGACAGGCGAAUUUCCAAUCGACUGCCGGGCUGAUCAAAAUCGUCCGCAACUACUGCGUUCCCCUGCGCUUCGGGCGACGAUCAUUCGCGCUUCGUUCGUUCUUUUGCGUGAGGUUUAGAUCGAAUGGGUCGACCAGUGAUCCAGAAGGGGACCUUUUAACUUUCUGGGAUUAGAUUUUUGGGAAUAGAUAGUGGUCCACCUUUUGACUAGCUUUAAUAUUCUGUUUGGAGGAUUUUGUUUUGGUUGUGUAUGUCUUGAGAUAAAGUUGAGUGUCAAAUAAUUGAACAAUUUUCCACGAAUCUAUCUUGUAUAUUAGAUUUCGAUACCGAAUGGAACAAUUUGGUCGCAGCGGGUGUCGCGUUACGCGAAGGAAUUUAACGCGUCUUCAUUCACGGGCUAAUUGCUGUCAAUUACGAGGAGCUGUGCUUGACGAACGAAGGCGUGCUGGGCGCGGGAAAUGGCGAGGCUUAGCGUGGAAAUUGCCAAUCGUCGUCUAAUUUACCGGCUCGCAGCCAAUUUCUAGUUGAUACCGAAGAUCCAGGACAUGGCCGACCCUCGAUGCUCUACGUGCUCGGGACGCUAUCCCCGCGAUCGAAGGAGACCUCGACGAUGCUCCUAUCGGGGCUUUCCUCUCCCGAGGAACCGCGAGACCUCUUUUUAAUUCAAUUAUCUUUCUAUUUGGGGAUGAUCAAAUACGUGACCACGCGGAGGGAGGACUGCCUCUUACUGAGACCGAAUGCAUGUGCUUUGUAUGAAGACUCCCGUUGGUAAACCCACGUUCCUUGAGGACACAGAUUCGGCCAGAGAAUAAAUUGAAACGAUAGCAAAUUUUUUCUAAACAUUUAUUAAAGAUUGCGAAUCUAUUCAAGAAAUUUGUUCGAGAAAAUUAUUCGAGAAAUUUCGUGAAAAAAUGUAUUCGAUUAUUAAAACGAUAACAAAUUUAUUCAAAGAGUAAUACCAUCGGCACUCCUCCUUGCAAUGCAUUCUUCGAGCCACCCCGUAUAUUCGCGGCACGCACCCCUAUACCUUUGAUCCCGUGACGCGUUACAGGACGUCGUCUUAUAACUCGUUUCGUUGGAAGAUAAAGUUGAUAAAGUCAAGAAACUUCAUCAACCCAUAACACCGGAACGGGAAAGUGGCUAUAACUCUGGUUAUAAAUCCGACAACGAGUCCUUCUUUUUGCCUCUUCUAUUUCACCAUUGAAUUGAUUUUCCCGAACAAGGUUCUUCCAUCUUUUACACGCUUUAAGAUAAAGAGAUCUACGAAAUUUUCACUUCGAUUCUAAGCGCAAACAAUAACCCAGAAUAAUUUUUUUCGGAAAAUUUAUAUUUUUAUUGCUCCCUUUUUUUAAGUUAAUUCUGUCCAGUUCUUCACUUUAGAACUUCAUUCGAAGAUUCUCUCCUGUCCCGAUAAAUUACAUCAUUCAACCAGAUCUCCGUACAUCAAUUUCCCGCUAAAACGAAUAGUCCUUUCGCUAGGUAAAUCGAUAACAUAAAUUCGUCGUUCGCUCUCGGAUGGCGCCGCUAAGGGACGGUUAGAAUCAGCGCGUGGUCGUAUUAAACAGUUGUUAAAUUUUAUGCGGUUUCGUUUCAGGCGAGAGAAAGAAUUAUUGUAAAGAGCAUUAUUGAUAUACAUAUAUACAUACGCAUAACAUUGAACACACGAAUAUACAUAUACGUAUAAAUAAUGGGUGCGAGCGCAUAUGUAUAGAUAUAUCUAUAUUCAUUACUUAUAAAUAUUAUAAAUAGGCGUUUGCUUAGGUGAUAUGUUAUAUAAAUAUGAAUUCUAUAAAUGAUAUAUAUAUAUAUAUGAAUAAUUGACACUAACCUCUGCUAGCGAGAGGGAUACCGUGUUAGUGAAAAAUGAAACGAACCACCGACGAUGGUUUGACGCAACGACAUUCGAACGCGUCGAUACUAAACGGAUAGGCCGCGGGGAAGUGUUAAAUAAAUUAUAGACGCUAAGAGAAUUCAUUAAUGAACUAAAUACGAAGGAAUUGAAUUAGGUUACACGGGCAACCAAAAUAGUCUGUCCCCAUAUUCGUCUCUGUUCCUAUUCUCUGCAAAAUGUACAUUUACGUACUCUCCUGUUCAGCGGAGGUUGAUUUUGUAUCGUUCUUCAUCGUUUCUCGGCCGCGAACGGACAAAAACUCGCGUUAUUAUAAAUACUGUGAUCGGUGUUAACUGUGACGUCGACCGCCUAUCCCCGUCAUCGACUCGCUGGAAUUAUUUUUCAUCCGCGAUACGUUUCUCUUGGUUCAUCCCGGAAUUGGAACGCGCUCGUCGAUUGUUCGAGCGAUCGAGGAUAAGCCAGCGAGUCGCGAACAGGGGUAACCUUUGUUUACAUUUAUAUAAAUACACGAUAUGUAUAUGUAUAUGAUAUGUAUAGGCUUAUUACGGUAUUACGACGAAACCGAAUGAAUUCAGCCACGCGGAAUUUAACGAGAACCGAGGAGAAAAUCUCUUGGUACGACGAACUCUGUGCGUGUAUGUCUCUGUUCCUCUUCAUCGUCGCUGUUCGUUGACCCUUUCGGCAGGUCGAGCAUUUAUACUACCCGCUAGGAUGAAUUUUCUCGCGUGCUUGCGCGUUCAUUCUUAACCCUUUGCGCUCGGACUUUGCUUAAAGAUUAGGAUCUUUUUUAUUUAUUAGGAUAGACAGGUAAACACGUACGUAAGGGUUACAGGGUUCUCGUAAUUGCUCGUUUCCAGCCUGUGGAGGCUUAUGCAAAUUCAUAUUUUUACAGAUACAGAUGAAUCGAAAUUGAAAGACAAGUACGUCUUAUUUUCUAAACGGUGUGACGUGUAGUCUAUCGUUGAUAUUUUUCCAUCCGGAGUCUACUCGCAGCUUUUCAUACAAAGAAAACGCAAAAUUUUUGUUGAGAUUAUCUGCGGAUUAAACACUGAAGUCUGUUAUUGUUUGACGAAUCUUUGGCAGCAACCCGAGUGCAAAGGGUCGAUAUCGGAUCACGAACAACUUCGUUCCGUUGCGUUGAGCGUUGUUUCUCGAUUAUUUAGGGAAGACGAUUUGAUUUGCUCUGGUGGGAUCGAUAGGAUAAAUUGUAUAUAAGAAUUUGUACGACCGUUAGUCUUUCCAGAGCGUAGAACUUUUCAUCGCGAGAAGAUUUAAUUCAGGAUCUGAUAGUAAAUUUCUCAAUAGAACUACGUAAACGUAUGCGAGGAGUUUUUGACACUCGGUAGAAAGGGAAUCGGUGAUUGAUCUAUAAAUCCGAGGUAGAACCAUGGAUCGUACAAGCCGAAAAAAUGUAACAGUGGUUUAAAAAUGGACAAUUCUGGCAAUUUAUUUGAAUUUUAUGAAAACGCUAGGAGAUUUGGCAUGUUUUUUAAACCUAACUUUUGUAUCAAGCACUAACGAGUGGAAACUCUGGUAUCAAGAAAUUUGAAAGGUAAUAAAUCCUGUCCUAAAAGGAUGCUAGAUCAAAUUUAUAUAUCAAUAAGCUUAUUUCUGUAUUUGAAUUCUAAUUCCGGUCACAAUAAGCAUCGUCUAUUAACGUUUAUUUUGUAAAAACCAUCUUUGGAAUACAAUAAGAAUAUACUGCUCAAAGGGUCGACCGAACGCGAAGAGAAAGCUUAUAAUCUUAUACUUGGCGAAGCGAGAAGAGAGUCCAGGUGUCCCUUUCCUCAUUUUUACACCCGCCUCGUUAAAUCGCGAGGGCUAUAUAUCACUGUCUCUCUCCUUCUCGCGAGAAACACGCCUGUGCACAAGGAAACAUAACUAGGAAACGUACGAAACGGGAACGAGAUAUGACACAAGACCAAAACGAACGCUCGUAACCCUGUAAAUCUGAGUCCACGCGAUCUAUCGGUACACCUAAAUUCAUCGCAUGUCACUCGAAACGACGCACAAUGAUACGAUUUAAAUUCGUUACGAUCCGAGAGUAUGAGACGCAUCUCGAGCAUUAUUUACCAUUGUAUAUAUCUCUCUGUACGUACGACACGCAUACGCAAACAAACACACACGUCGAUCACGUAUAUAUAUACAUGUAUACAUACACCAUACACGCAUAUACAGACGAAGGCCACUAUCGAGAAAACGAAAUCUAGUGGAACGGUGCCGUUCGAAUGAUAAUCACCUGUCGAUGAGCGGAGAUUGGCAAAAUUCUUAACUAAAUAAACAUUUUUUUUUUUUUUAUUAUUAUUAUUAUUAUUAUUACAUAUUUAACGUCGUAUCAACCUUUGAUUAUUAGCGACAGUUUCUUAUGAAGUUUUCUCCAAUGUUAGAUGUUGGUCCAUAUACGUGCAUCUUUAAGUUGCUGGAUUAUUUUGUUUAGGUUUUCUUUUGUGCUCCACGCUUCCUUUAAACUAGCGGGUAGUUCGUAUUGUAUGCGGAGUGGUUCCGUAUUUUUACAAGUAAAUAUUAUGUUAAGUAAACAUUUGGAGUAAAUGGUAAACGCAUGUUUAAGAAACGCUUUAUUGAAUGAAGAUUAAAAUUUGAUUUGCCGAAUGGAAUAUUCCACAGUGAACAAUUUUAUUCGUAAUUGAUUAUUCAAGUUUUCGAAGCUGAAUGAAUCAUUCAAGUUACUGAGUUUUAAUGAAAAUUUAAAUUUAAAUUAUCGAACGAAUUAUUCGUUAUUCGUAAUUGGAAUAAAAUUUGGCCAUCUCCGUCGACGAGUUUCGUUCGAUCGUGUUCGACGCAACGAGUCCCGCGACGAGAAGACGCCGAGACGAAUUAACGAUCGGAGGUGGGCGUUAGCAAUCUAGUUUCACGCAGAUUUUCCUAAUUUUCUACUAGUUUCCGGCUCGUCGCGGCCAUCACGAUCGGACAGAACGUGCUCGCACAAACGAUUCGAUGUUUAUCAUUCGAAACGCUGCUCGACGCACUCGUGCUAUGGCCGUUGAAUCGAUCCAUAGGCGUUUAACGUGGUUUAGAAUAAUUAUGCCUAUGAAGAGGAGCUCUGCUCGUUCAGGCGGCGUGCAGUCUCGCGGAAUGGCGAGCCCGAGGGGAUACAUAAUAAAUAAUUUAAAUAAGGACUAAGAAAUAAAAAGCCGCGCGGUAUGCUCAAAACGUAGAGGAAAGUUUUAUCUCUGUACAUGCGCUUAAGAGAAACCUUACCUAGAAAUAUUACAAUUAUUACGAUGUUAACAAAAAAUAAAUAAAUAAACAAAUAAAUGAGACAAAGAGAAUUACGAGCGAAAUUCGAUGUGGUGCGAACGGACACGAUUCGUCAUGGUUUUAGGAUUAAGUUAAAUAAAUUAAUACACGAACCCAAACACGGACGAAACGAUUCUGACUCGAAUCUCGUUCGCGCGGCACAAAGAUAUUCGGUUAAGAACGUGGAAAUCGCAUGCCGAAGUGUAAAGAAACAUACGAAUAAUAAAAAGAAUGGCUUGAAAGUUGAUUUAAAG